AUCAUAAGGCGAACAGAUACCGAAACCGGCAACUGCGUAACUUCAACAUAAGAAAAUGUAUUUGUAUUUCAUCAACUGAAUUAUAUAAAAAAUAUAACAUUAUUGCAUUUUAUAAUCCUCCACAUAACUAUAUGAUAAAGAAUUUUGCUGGUCACAUUAGGCGACUCGAUUCCAAUCCUCUGAACUGCACGUGCGAAAUCCUAUGGCUCACGAGAUUUCUAAAGAACACUCCAAAUACUGAAAAUGCGGCAACCUGUGGGAAUCCAGAGGAUCUGAAAGGAAAAGCGCUCGUUAAACUCACUCCUGAAGACUUCAAUUGUAGUAAGUAAUCCUUAUUAAAGUGAUUUACAAUCACGUUCAUGGGAAAAACUAAGCGUCAAUUUGUACCACGUGACCAAGUGCAACCUCAUUCCCAGGGUCCUUUCCUACUCGUCCGGCCUCCGAAGCGAGAUUGAGAGGGGACCAGAAGAGGACACUGGAAACGAGAGGCUGGUCCAAGCUUCGUUUACUGUUCGUUCUAUCUGCACAAACAUAAGUAGUUCUAUGUCAGGUUCUUCCGCAGAAUCAAUUUCAACUUCAGUUCAUUUUGUGCUUUACGUUCUACUGGUUGUUACCGAGGACUGUACGGGUGACGUUGUUGAGGAACGUAGAUCACAAAGUGGCCUAAGAGAAACGGAUUUAAUCUGGCAAAUUAAUCAGACGGGAAAAAAAUUAAGAAAAAGGGAGCUGACAAAUUUCCUGUCAUAGUCUGUUGAACUUACCGAUGUAUGGAUUAAAUCUUUGUGAUCGACUUCUGAAAUCUCAUGUCGUUAACUCUGUCAGGCUCACUAUUCUGUUGUAAAGAAUUAGUCAUUCUAUGAGACUAAAGGUACUGAGGUAACAGAUUGACUGAUAUUCAAUUUACUGACCCACAGCACCACCAGCGUUUGUGAAACGACCAACCAGCAUAGAGGUUUCUGUCAGGGAUCGCGAAGUGGCGUUCAAAUGCUUAGCCACAGGGAAACCAACCCCAACCAUAACUUGGCGGAAAGAUGGCGAACGUCUUCGAGAGGGUCGACGAUAUAUCAUCAGCAGGGAGGGGACGUUGAGUAUCAUCGAUCCGAGACCCGAGGAUCAGGGACAAUACGAGUGUUUGGCACAGAACACUGCUGGUGAAGUCGCGAGCGAAGCGAAGUUAGAUUAUAAUGGCCAGGAAGGUGAUAACAAAUUCUACGAAAUAUUGUAAAGAUUCUUUUGUUUUAGAAGGAGCAUUGAUCCACAAAAAUAUUAGAUUGCUGUCCCUCCCCUCUCUUUUCCGCUGCUCCGAUGAAAUGAAGUAGGAACAAAUUCAUCUAUCAGCACAGGAUCCCCACACAAAUUCAGUGUGACUGUUGUAACGCUUGAAUUUGAAGGAAAUGUAUGGGAAUAUCGAAAACGUUCAUAUUAUCGUGAUAUAAUGGGAUGAAUUCUUAUACAUAGGGUCGAAAUAGACAUCUUUUUACCUGAAAUGUUGUGUAUUGUCGUUCUUGCUGCUGAAAACGGCAAAUUAUAGCUAAUUGAAGGGUUUACCUGAGCGAAAAGCUCAGGUAAACGUCGAAUGCUAAACCCUUCAUCAAAUAUCUAUAAUUCGCCGUUUUCAGCUGCAAGAACGACAAUGCACAACAUGUCAGGUACAAAGAUGUCUAUUUCGACCUUAUAUAUAAGAAUUCAUCGCAUUGUAACAGGAUAAAAUGAAACUUUUCGAUAUUCCCAAACAUUUCCUCUAAAUUCAAUUCAUUACAACAGUCACACAAUUAGUGAGGGCUCCCUGUGCUAUCAGGUGUCAAGAUAUGAUCGAAACCCUGUUGUGAUAUUUACUAGCAGUAAUAAAAGCUUUAUGCACAUGCCUUUCAACUACCUUCUCAAAAAACGCCGAAUAGUUUGGGAACUCGCUGGCUAAGGAGCAAAUUAUUCUAACACCCCCUGGUAAUUUUAAGUUUUGUUUUAGACUUAACAACUACUAUUUGUUUUUUUUGUUAUAGUUCCACCGAUAUUUCUACAGAAACCUCUGUCUAGGGUAGAGUCAAUAGAAGCGAACUCUGUGACUCUCACUUGCCGCGCUCGCGGUAACCCCAGGCCUCACAUUGAAUGGACUAAAGAAGGUCUUCCGCUAACCUUGGAUCCAAACUAUCGCGUUCGACCAUCCGGAGACUUAUUUAUCAGGCACGUGCGCAUGCUGGACCGUGGAAUGUACAGGUGUAGUGCGACUAACAGGGUUGGUCGAACGGCUGCUUCCACCAGGCUAGUAGUAAAGGGUAAAUAUUGCUGAUCAUGUUAACUGCUCCCAAGAAUGCCUAUGUUUAUCAUUCAAUACAAAAUUACAGCAAUCCAAAGAAAAAAAACGAGCAAUUCAGUAAACCUGGACUAAACCAUCAGGAGUAAAUCACUCCGGAACCUCCAUCUCCAGCGCGUUAGACUUACAGUCCAUUUUUAAAUUUCUUUUCCCGCGAAAAUUUGCUAUAUUCUUCACUGUUGGAUUGAAAUCGCUUUCUUCCGGCUAGUCUAUCAUGACUCUGAACCCGGGGUUGGAGUUGAACCAUGUCCGAUUAAUCAGUUUAACCAUGUUCGCUUAACGCUUAGUCUUGCUUCAUUGCUUUUCAUUUCCUGUAAAUCAUACUUUGAUUAGCUGAAAUGUUGUUCUACGAAAGAAGAUUCUAUAAAUAGCCUAAAAAACUCAUACACUGUGACCCUGGUCUUUUUUGAUACAUGAAAGCUCCGGGGCGAUGGGCUCCUAGCAUCACUUUAAAAAUAGCAAUAGCGUAUGACAGCACAAAGGCGUACGAGAAAUAGUUUCAACAUAUACUUGUACUAACUAAUACUUGUUAGUUGCUUGUCAAACGUUUCCUCUUUAUUACUCCUCAGCUCCUCCAAAAUUGACAAAAAGACCCGAAAACACUGAAGUGUUGGAGGGUAGCUCCGCUGACCUUAAGUGUGAAGCGAGUGGUCACCCUGUGCCAGCAAUCGCAUGGACCAAAAGUGGCGACCGAUUACCAUCUCAGGACCGCCAUAUUGUGCUACCAUCCGGGACCUUAAGAGUCAUCUAUGCUUCCCUCAGUGACCAGGGAGAGUACGAGUGUCAAGCGAUCAACGUCAUCGGAGUGGGAUCGGUGAAAGCUUUCCUAACGGUGAAACCACGAGGUAGGUUUAAAGAAAAGCAGCGACAGAAUGCCAUGUUGACCUUGAAAAUUCUCGAUGCUCUUUGUUCUUAAAUCAUCAGGCGAGCAAGUUCGAUCGUAAACCCUCCAUCUUGUAUUGCAUAGCGAGAGAUAUCUAGGGAGAAGACAUAACAACUCUCCGCAGCACAUGCACUUCUCGCAUCUCCCCAAAUUUUCAGGACAACAGCUUUAUACGGUCGUAGCUGUCGGCUCAACGAUUUUAACUAUACAGUUUUUUACUCAAAGUUUCGUCCACAUUAGGCUCACCUCACUUUCAUAUGUCAUGUCUCUCUAGUUCCCCCCUCCAUCGUGGAGUCUCCGACAGACAUCAUUGUGUCCGCUGGUCAAACAGUUGAAAUCCGCUGUUCUGCUUACGGCGCUCCUCAGCCAAUCAUAACGUGGAUCAAGAAUAAUGUCCAUCUCAUAGAAGCAAACAGAUACUCUGUUAGCUCGUCCGGGACACUGAAAAUCCGGGAUGUUGGCAAAGCUGACGAGGGUCGUUACGAAUGUGCCGCUCGUAAUAGCAUUGGUUCGGCUUCUGCGCAGAUGACACUGACGGUACAAAGUAAGAUAUUCAAGGAUUUUGAAAGACUUGUCAUUUUUAAUUCAGAAGGUUUAACUUACUGAUAAUAUGAACACGUAUAGUUUGAAACAACAACUUCCUAAACUUCAAUUCAGAAAUUUGAAUAAACUGGAAAAAAGAUAUUUUUUGACGACCUUGAAAUAAUUUCCUUCUUUCAUAUUUCAGCUCCAUCUGCUCAAAAUAUCGGUGUUGAUGUCCUUAACAUGUCAAUCGCGAAAGCCAUAAGCAAUGUAGACAGAGCUCUGAACGCCAGCAUCCAGAGGCUGUUUUCGUCACCCAAAAAACCCAGUGAUCUCCUCGCACUGUUCCGGUUUCCUUCGCCUGAAGCGCAACAGAUCGCUCGAGCCGCAGAAAUCUUCGAGCGCACAAUCCAGCUGGUCCAUGAACACGUGAAAGAGAUGGACAGGGUGAAUGUGAGCAAUGAUAAGUACAAUUUCUUCCACCUGCUGUCUCCUUCGCACGUCAAUAUGAUCGCUAAUCUGUCAGGGUGCAGCGCCCACCGACGCAUGAACAACUGUUCCAACAUGUGUUUCCACCGCAAAUACCGUACUUUUGAUGGAACGUGCAAUAAUCUUUUGCAUCCCAUGUGGGGUGCGUCUCUUACACCGUUUAACCGACUUUUAAGUCCCGUGUAUGAGAACGGGUUUAAUUCACCAGUGGGUUGGCAAGACCUUGAAGGAAAUCCCAGCGCACGUCUUGUUUCGACGCAACUUGUUUCAUCAGAGGAGGUGACCGAUGAUCAACAGUUCACCCACAUGUUGAUGCAGUGGGGCCAGUUCCUAGACCAUGACAUCGACUUCAUCGUCAGUAGCUUAAGUACGAUGAGAUUUAGCGACGGUUUGGAUUGCACAAAGCAGUACCACAUUUGUGAUAAUCAGCCGCCAUGCUUCCCCAUUCCCAUCCCAGAGAACGAUGCCCGACUCAGUGGUCAUGGAGCAUGUAUGCAGUUCACUCGCUCAAGCGCCGUGUGUGGCACAGGAACAACUUCCGUGUUCUUCAGCGCAGUAACCCCUCGAGAACAGAUGAAUCAAAUAACGUCUUAUAUAGACGCAUCAUCCGUCUAUGGGUCUUCGGAACAAGAGGCUCUAAAUCUACGAGAUCUUGAUAGUAAUGGACUUCUCAAGUCAAAUUCAUCUGUUGGUAAAGGAAAACCGCUACUACCAUUCAACCGUGAUACGCCAAUUGAAUGUCUGCAAGCUGAUGAUAGCCCAGUCCCGUGUUUUCUCGCGGGUGAUUUUCGCGCCAACGAGCAGCUUGGGCUGCUGUCGAUGCACACAAUAUGGAUGCGCGAGCACAACCGUAUUGCCAAGGAACUAGGAGACUUCAAUCCGAAUUGGGACAGUGAUAAAGUGUACCACGAGGCUCGUAAAAUAGUAGGAGCCGUGGUGCAGCAUAUCUCUUACACUGAAUGGCUACCUAAGAUUCUCGGCCCUGAAGGAAUGGCCCUUCUAGGGCCCUACAGUGGCUACGAGCCAAACAUUAACGCUGGAAUUGUAAACUCGUUUGCCACUGCAGCCUUUAGAUUUGGCCAUGGAUUGAUAAAUCCUAUAAUAUUCCGUCUAAACUCUUCGUUUCAACCCAUCGAACAAGGUAAUAUCCCCCUACACAAGGCCUUUUUCUCACCCUAUCGCUUGGUUACGGAGGGUGGGGUAGAUCCAGUCCUCCGCGGACUUUUCGGAAGGGCCGCCAAGAGCCGCGACGAUAAACACCAGCUUUUAAACUCGGAGCUUACUGAGAGACUGUUUGAGAUGGCUCAUGAGAUAGCUCUAGAUCUUGGUGCUCUUAACAUUCAGCGAGGAAGGGACCAUGCUCUGCCAGGUAAGUUGGAGCUAUAUGGCGAUGAAUGCUCUCAUUUUGAAUGGCGGUGGUAACUUCAUUUGCAGUUUGCAUUACUCCAUUAUGAUCAGCUCAUAGAGGAAAAUGCUAAAAAAUCGAGUUUCAACUUGAAAUUUCUGAAAGAAUUACUUUCCACUGGACAAAGUGUCUAAUGUAAUUUCUAUUCCCAUACCCUCAAAUCAAAAUCUGCAGAAAGGCAUAGUGGGAUCUGGGUUCGAGAUCAUCCGAUAUCCUGUAACAUCGGAGUCGAAGUCGGGCUAUUAGCCCCUAAUAUACCUUGUUUUCCACUAAAUAAAGUUUUACUUAACUCUACUUUACUGAAUUUGUUUGUAUUAAAGCCUCCGAUUUUUGCAGGUUAUAAUAAGUGGCGCGUCCUCUGUAACCUGACCGAGGCCGAAACUUUUGAUGACCUUCAGUCUGAGAUAGUAGAUGGAGACAUUCGAGAGAAGUUACAGGAGCUGUACAAACACCCUUCUAAUAUCGACUUGUGGGUCGGAGGUCUCCUCGAGGAACUUGUCCCAGGAUCGGUGCUAGGACCAACGUUUACUUGCAUCAUAGCUGAGCAGUUUAGACGGAUAAGAGCUGGAGACAGGUAGGAAGCACCUUGAGCAUAAUAUACUUUCUGAAAUGAAUAAUUAGGGGAAUCAAAGCUUCAGACGCCGGUUUUGUUCAAUUAUCCUUAAAAUUCAAGCUAUCCUCACUAAAUUUGCAGCAUAAAAUACUGAAUUUUGAUUAAAUUAUUUUUUCUUGUAGUUUUGACUACCAGAUAGAGCACUCCCCCCAUAUUUAAGGGAGUGGUGUAAGGGUGGGCUCAAAAUUCACCUCAGUGCUAAUUUAGCCAAGCGAUACAAGGAUUUUUCCAAACAUAGAGAGAAAUUCCAUCCCAUUUCCUAAACGCGCAGCAGGGGUAGCCGAGUUGGUAAAGUGCUGGACUGUAAAGCGGAAAGUCGCUGGUAUGUAAAUUCUCGAACGGGACCACCAAUACGCAGGGUAUUAAAAUAACCGAGAGAAGGGUACUGCCUUUUCCCUGCAAACGGCUAGACCUUCGUUGCUUGGAAGACCACGUUGAAAUAUGGUGAACCUGUUCUCAGCAGGGGACGUAAAGACAUCGCCCUCAAUAGUACUUCGUGCGUCCAUUUUCUUUUUCUUCAAGAAUGAAAGCAAUUUGUCAUAGAUAAAAUGUUGCUAUCCUUCAGAUUCUGGUAUGAAAGUCCUUCUACAUUCGACCACUCUCAGCUGAUUCAGAUAAAACAGACAUCCCUCGCCCGAGUGUUGUGUGAUAAUGGUGACAAUAUUGACCGAGUUCAGCCUGACGUGUUUCUCCGCGCGACAUACCCCACGGGAUAUGUUUCGUGCUCUUCCAUUCCACGCAUGGAUCUGCGCAUGUGGAAAUCUUGCGAGGAAGGUUUGUACAUGAUAUUGUCUACUGGGUCCUUAAUGACCAUUUUUGGGCAUAUUAUUUCACCGAUAUAUGAAGUGGUUUUCUCUGGUUCAUCACCAAUAUUAUUAUAAUAUUACUAUUAUUCCAGCUCCCAACGUUACUGGCGUCACUAGUUAUUUGGUUAGAGUGUCGCACCGAUGACGCACAUAUCAGGGUUUUGAAUUCUGCCUAACCCCUGAAUUUCUCUCAGGCUUCUUCUCGCAAUUAUUUACAUUGCAUACACAAUUGCAAGGAUCUGCCAUUCAACGUGACGACUUUUGGGCCCUGAAGUUUUUUUUCUAAUAAAUUUGCAGUGCCUCCUAGAACGAUAAAACGAUAGAAGAUAAAACGUUUCGAGAAGUAGCCCCUUUGUCUUCUUUCGUGUAAGGCCCCAACUUUCGCAGACUACAAGUCUUCAGUGUCACUGUUUAUUUUCUUGUCAGAUCACUGCUCCUCUGAGGACGUAACUCCUACAUUUAGCAGUCAUGUUCAAUCCCGUCGUUUUAGACGUGCAGUGGAAGAACCCUACUUAAAUGCAGCGCAUGUACAGAUGGAACCCAAAGAAAAGAGGAAGAAGAAACUGCAGGCAAAAAAGAAGCCUGCUGAGGUAUCAGUACUUGUGGAGAAAAACGAAGAGACAGUAAGCAGUUCUUCAGAGCAAGAAGAAAUGCAGCUAAAGAAACGAGUUGAUUUUCUUGAAAAGAAAGUGGAAAGCAUGACCGCCACUAUAAAAGGUCUGCAAGAUGCAUUCAACAGUCUUCAAAACCAGGCAAGUGUACUUCUUGCUUUAAUAACACUUUGA